AUCAAUUGCUAAUUCCCUUCUAUAGAAAGUCUAUAUAGAGGCAAAAGUCAACUCUGCGUGCAGACUGCUUUUCAACUCCAUGGUGCGUAGAGAAGGAGAACUACCUCGGAUCAGGAGGUCACCUUCUGUUUUCUCCAGGAGUAUUACAGCUGGGUUCCUGCCUCGGUCCGCUCUGCCUGAGGGAGCUGUGAAAGAGGAGUUUGGUGGACUGGAAGCUGCUGUGCAGGGUCCCUCGGCAGCAAGGAGCGGGGACUCCUGUCCUGUUGCUUCUGAAUGGCAAAAGCAAAGCAGCGCAGCAUCCUGCCGCUGACAUAUCCAAAUGUGACGGCAAGCUUGCCAGGUGGCAACGGAUAUCCUUUUGCCUUGUUCCAGCGCUAUUUCCUCUUCCAGAAGGAGACCUACCUCAUUCAUCUCUACAAUGUGUUCACAGGACUCUCAAUUGCUUACUUCAAUUUUGGGAUGCAGUGCUUUCAUUCCCUGCUAUGUGUCCUAAUCCAGUUCCUCAUACUGAGACUUAUGGGUCGCACAAUCACUGCCGUCUUCACCACGUUCUUCUUUCAGAUGACAUACCUUAUGGCUGGAUAUUACUUCACAGCCACAGAGCAUUAUGACAUCAAGUGGACAAUGCCACAUUGUGUCUUGACGCUCAAGUUGAUUGGUCUGGCCAUCGAUUACUAUGAUGGAGGAAAAGAUCUGGAGUUCCUGACCCCCGAGCAGCGGCGAUUUGCUGUCCGGGGAGUUCCUACCUUGCUGGAGGUCUCAGGAUUCUCCUAUUUCUAUGGUGCCUUCAUGGUGGGGCCUCAGUUCUCCAUGACAGACUAUCAGAAACUGGCAAGGGGUGAGAUGACUGACGUUCAAGGACAGAGACCCAAUAGUUUUGUGCCUGCUCUCAAGCGCCUGAGUUUGGGUCUCUUGUUUCUAGUAACCUAUACUUUGUCAAGCCUGUACAUCUCUGAUGAAUACCUCAUCUCAGAUGAUUAUAUGGAGAAGCCUUUCUGGUUCCGUUGUGGCUACAUAUUGAUCUGGGGCAAAAUUAUACUCUACAAAUAUGUAACCUGCUGGCUUGUUACGGAAGGUGUCUGCAUCCUUGUUGGUCUGGGGUACAAUGGGAAGGACCAGAAUGGAAAGCCUUUGUGGGAUGCCUGUGCCAACAUGAAAGUCUGGCUGUAUGAGACAACACCUUUGUUCACAGGGACCAUUGCUUCUUUCAACAUCAACACCAAUGCUUGGGUGGCCCGCUACAUCUUCAAGCGUCUGAAGUUCCUGGGUAACAAACUGCUGUCGCAGGCACUGGCCCUGCUCUUCCUGGCCGUUUGGCACGGGCUGCACUCUGGCUACCUGGUGUGCUUUCAAAUGGAGUUGCUUAUAGUCAUCGUUGAAAGACAGGUCAUAAACCUUGUUCGGGACAGUCCUCCCCUAAGCACUUUGACCUCCAUCACUGCCUUGCAGCCCAUCUUCUACGUGCUGCAACAGGCUAACCACUGGAUGUUUAUGGGUUACUCUCUGGUGCCAUUUUGCCUUUUCACCUGGGACAAAUGGAUGAAGGUGUACAGGUCUAUUUAUUUCUUUGGCCACGUGUUGGUCUUCACCUUAUUACUGGUGUUGCCUUACAUUCGCAGAUUAAUUGUGCCACGAAAAGAAAAACUAAAAAAAGCAGAAUAACAGCCAAAAGAUUGUACCACCUGUGCAUUUCUAGGAGUUGAUUUAACACUCCGGAAUCAACGCGUCACCUGCCAAGUUUGCUGUGUUGAAGUAUGACUUUUUUUCAACGCGAGGAGGGGGAAAGAGAAAGCACAGGGUCAGAGACCCCAAAGGAGGGGAAUGGAGUAAGCCUCCUUCCAGAGCCUCCACCUUCUGUCUGUUGCCUUAUCUCUCUGCCGCCCUCCAGUGGACACUCGUGUCUCUCUGCUGGUAUCAGAUGAUUGUAAAAACACUCAACGCAGGCACUGUAUCAGAUUGGAGCCACCUUCUGACUUUUCUACGUUUGUCAUCCAAGAUAAAAAUUGCUCCUGGUCUUUUUCA